AUGUCUGAACAGCGGCCACGCAGACAGGAAGCCGAAUCCUCCGGUGGCCUGGGAAUCUUCCUUCUGGUGCAAUGGGGUAUCAACCAGUACAUGGGAAAGAAUAACCAGCAGAGUGUUGUCCCCGGUACUCAGCCAGGUGCCAUCCCCGCCUUUAUCGAUCGCCCUCACCCUAGUGAGGUGUCCGACCCGAGUUCCUUGCCGGAACUCAUCGCCCCCAUCUGGCCGGUCGACAGCGCCCUCGAUAUCAGCGUCUAUGUGACUCCUUCGUUCAAUAUCCCCUCGUUCAAGUCCCCCAGCAGCGUGCUAGUCAUGCAAGAGAAGAACUUCACCAUGGGCAACUACAGCGAUACCCGUGAAAUCGACACCACGAUCAAGGUUCCCAAGGCCGUUCAACAGAAUGGAACUCUCUGGGCGCACUUUUUCGUUGCGCGCACUGGAUUCCAGCUGGACCCUGCUGCCAAGGAUUACACAACCGACGAUGCCCUUCACUUCAUUCGCCCCCUCAACCAGUAUCUUCCCAAGAAGAAGGCCAAGAAGCUCAAGAAUCUCCUAUCCACCGACGAGGGAGAGGAAUCCGAGGAGGAAGAUAACGCCCCGAAGGUCACCACUGCUUCAUACUACCACCCCAACUUCACCGUAUCUCUGAUUCCCGACGCCGGUACUCAGCGUCUUGCUCAGCUUCCAGCCCCAGUUCGCCAAUACGUGCAGCUAGAGCGCAGCGGAGCCCGUGAUAUCUCCGGACAGAAUGGGUGGUACUAUCCAAUUCUGUUCCUCAACACUUUCUGGCAGCUCAAGACUCACAUGAUUAUCUUGAACUCUACCGUCGAGGAAGUGCCGUUGCAUAUCACUUUGAAUAACAUGGCUCACUGGAAGUUCAACCUCGUGACCAGUAUCGACGAAGGUUCUAAGCAGAGCGCUCGCCAGGCUGCGUACGGUGGCCCCGUUCCCGGUGGCGGUGAUGGAACGGAGUGGGAAAUGGUCAAGGAGAUUCUCUUGGAUACCAACAUCUGGCUUCUCGGUACAACUGGUUUCGUCACUAUCCUGCACAUGAUCUUCGAGACCCUUGCUUUCAAGAACGAUAUUUCCCACUGGCGCAAGAAGAAGGAUGUUGUUGGUACCUCGGUCCGCACAAUUCUCGCAAACGUUUUCAUGCAAGCCGUUAUCUUCCUCUAUCUGAUGGACAACAGCGACAACACUUCCUGGAUGAUUCUUGCCAGUCAAGGCUUUGGAAUUCUGCUCGAAGCCUGGAAGGUCACCAAAACGGUGGACGUUCGCCUGCGCCCCCCCACCCGCCUUUCCGAGACUGAGCAGAAGACCAAGGAUUACGACGAGAUUGCCUUCCGCUACCUGUAUAUUGUGGCGGUGCCCCUGCUCCUUGCCUAUGCUGCGUACAGCUUGAUGUACAACACUCACAAGUCGUGGUACUCUUACAUCAUCGAGACCCUCGUCGGCAGUGUGUACGCUUACGGAUUCUUGAUGAUGGUUCCCAGUUUGUAUAUCAACUACCGUCUCAAGUCUGUUGCCCACAUGCCCGGCAAGGCGAUGGCAUACAAGUUCCUGAACACCUUCAUCGAUGAUCUGUUCGCCUUCACUGUCAAGAUGCCAUGGUUGCACCGUCUGGCUACCCUCCGCGAUGACGUGAUCUUCUUCAUCUGGCUGUACCAGGGCUGGAAGUACAAGACCGACUACAAGCGCGUCAACGAGUUCGGCCAGGGCGGCGACAGCGACGAGGAGGAGGAGGCCGAGACGACCCCCGCCGCCGAUUCCGAGAAGAAGGCGAUCAAGGCGGAGGCGAAGGAGGAUGUGGCUACCCAGUCCUCUUCCAAGACCAACAACUCCAAGCCGUCGACCCGCAAGAGAAAGUGA